AUGUGUUUUUCAACCUCCACAUUCAAUGACAACCUCAUAGACCGCAGUAAUCAGAAAAAGGCCAAAUCCAAGACCUCAGCAACACGCAGACUUCAGCUGAAGAGUAAACUGCUGAAAAAAGCAGAAAGCUUGCUGGUGAAAGAAAAAGAGCAGAAAGAAUUGGAGAGAGAAAACACCCUGAGGGAGAGAGCGCCGCCCCUCAACCUCUCUGGCCUGUCUGUCCAAGAACUGCAGGAGCUUUGUAGAGAUUUGCACCACAAGAUCGACAUUGUGGAUGAAGCGCGAUACGACCUCAAUAUAAAAGUUACCAGAAAUGAUCAAGAGAUUCUCUCAUUAACCCAGAAGAUCUAUGAACUGAAAGGAAAAAUGAAGCGGCCGAAGUUGAGAAGGGUGAAGAAGUCGGCAGAUGCCAUGCUGGGAGCGCUCACAGACACCCGAGUCAUGAAAGCUGACUUCAAAGCCAACCUCAAAACAGUUAAAAAGGAAGAAGAAAAGAAGGAAGAGGUCACAGACUGGAGGAAAAACGUGGAGGCCAUGUCAGGCAUGGAGGGCAGGAAGAAGCUUUUCGAUGCUGGACAGUAGACAAUGUCGAGUGUUUCCAGCUACAAAAAGAGGUUGCAAAGGAUAAAGUGGCAUUGUGAUACAAAGCUUGUUGUGUGAUUGAAGUUUAAUCACCUUCAACAUUUCAUGGUAAAUUAAUCAUUUAUUUUGUCAGUCAGCUUUGGCUUCCAUGCAACAUUAAAGAUACAGUUCAUCCAAAAGAUUCUGAAAAUGAGAAAUUUGGCAUCAGAGGAUCCUCUGCAGUGAAUGGGUGCCGUCAGAAUGAGAGUUCAAACAGCUGAUAAAAACAUCACAAUAAUCCACAAGUAAUCCACACCACUCCAGUCCAUCACUUAACGUUUUGUGAAGUGAAAAGCAGUGUGUUUCUAAGAAACAAAUCCAUUAUUAAGGCAAUUUAACUUCAAACCAUCGCUUCUGGCCAGAAUACGAGUCAGUAAUCUAUAAUAAUGCUUUGUUUAGAGCUGUUUUCGCUUGUAAAUGAUGCUUGAUCUGUGCAUAUUUCUCUCCUGAUUCAGACUAGACAGCUUUUUCACUGUGGAAAGCAAUAUUAUGGAUAAAGAACUCAAAUUUAAAUAUGUCUUUAUUGUGGAUUUGUUUCUGGAAAACACACAACUUUUACUUUACAAGAUGUUCAUUGAUGGACUUGGAGUGGUGUGGAUUACUUGUGGAUUAUUGUAAUGUUUUUAUCAGCUGUUUUGACACUAAUUCUGACGGCACCCAUUCACUGCAAAAGAUCCAUUGGUGAGCGAAAGAUGUAAUGCAAAAUUUCUCCAAACCUUUUCCUAUGAAGAACCACUUUCAUCUAAAUAUUGGACAGCCACAGGGUGAGUAAAUUUUCAGCACAUUUUAAUUUUGGGGUGACCUCGUUCUAUAAAUAGCGAUUUGCAGUUCAGAAUUUUUUGAGAAGUCGCUUAUGCUUAUGCUCACUAAGGCUGAUUAAAAAUACACUAAAAACAGUCAUAUUGUGAAAUACUACAAUUUAAAAUAAGUGUAAUCUAUUUGAAUAUAUUGUAAAGUGAUAAGGGCCAUCUUGAUAGAAAGCUCAUGAUGUUUAUUUGAAUUUGAAACACCUUCAACAUUAUUUUAUGGUAAAUUAUUCAUUUAUUUUGUCAACCAGCUAUGGCUUUCAUGCAACAUUAAAGGAACAGUUCACCCAAAAUAUUUUAAAAAUGAGAAAUUUGGCAUCAGUGCAUGAAUGGGUGCCGUCAGAAUUAGAGUCCAAACAUCACAAUAAUCCACAAGUAAUCCACAUGACUUCUGGCCAGAAUAUGAAUCAGUAAUCUAAAAUAACGCUUUGUUUAGAGCUGUUUUAGACUGUUUUCACUUGUAGACGGUGUUUGAUCUGUGCAUAUUUCUCUUCUGAUUCAGACUAGAUGAAUUUUUCACUAGAGAAAUCAAUAUUGUAUCGUAUCAAAUUGUAUAACUGUGGAUUUGUUUCUUAAAAACGCACGUUUUUUCCCUUCACAAGAUGGACCGCAGUUGUGCGGAUUACUUGUGGAUUAUUGUGAUGUUUUUAUCAGCUGUUUUGACUCUGAUUCUGACGGCACCCAUUCACUGCAGAGGAUCCUUCGGUGAGCAGGUUUCUCCAAAUCUGUUCUGAUAAAAAAAACAAACUCAUUUUUUAUUUUUGGGUAAACUAUUCCUGUAAAUAGCAAAAAUGUGAUUUUGAAAGUAAGUCUCUUUUGCUCACUAAGGCUGCAUUUAUCUGAUUAAAAGCACACUAAAACAGUCAUAUUGUGAAAUACUACAAUUUAAAAUAAGUGUAAUCUAUUUGAAUAUAUUGUAAAAUUAUAAAGGGGCAUCUUGAUAGAAAGCUCAUGUUGUUUGUUUGAAUUUGAAUCACCUUGAACAUUAUUUUAUGGUAAAUUAUUCAUUUAUUUUGUCAGCCAGCUGUGGCUUGCACGCGAUAUUAAAUUGUGAUUUGCUGCGAUUAAAAUGCGCGAGCGUCGUGCUGUCCGUAGAGAGGGGUUAGAUAAUAGAACAACCUCAUAUUCACAUCAUAUCACAUCAACUGUGUAAAUAUUUGCUCCGUAUUCAGUGUUGAUUGAAACCAAUAAAGCUACUGUUUACCCUUGA